GUGGGAGAGACUGGACACGGGCGAGCAAACGCCGCAGCUGAACCCCCACUGUCCCUCAACCAUUUUGAGGAUGGCAGAGAGACGCCGCAGCGGCCGCAGGGUGGUUUGGGAGGAGGUCGCGGCUCCCCAGGAGAGCAGCUCUCUGCCGGAGCCCUACGAGGUGACCAUGGUCCAGGCACUGCGGCUCGACGAGACGCUGCUGGAGGAGAUUCCAGAGGAAGCGGGAUGGGAUUCCGAGGGUGCCUGGUUGCUUUCUUUACUUGACUGCAGUGACAUGGGAACGGUGUUUGGCGAAUACUUCCGGCCUUCUCAGAAGACGGACGUUCUCCUCGUGGCCAUCGCGGCCUUGACGGCAGACGAUGCCCACGACAGGCAGAUGGGCAGUGACAUCGUGGACAUGGCCCUGACAGACCCCGUGUCCUGGCUGACGGAUGUGCCAGAAAUCCUGAGACACAUCCACAGAAAUGUGGAGCACAUCCGCACGGAGCCAGCCCGGCGCAGCCUGCACUCACUGCUGCUGCAGCUGAUGGAGUGGAGCCCCAGGGAGGUGGUCAGGAGCCUGUUGGGCAUCUCUCCAGUGUGUGACAGGGCGGCCGUGGCCAUGUGGGAGGUGCUGGUCUCCGUGCGCUGGGCUCUGCGGAGAGUCAUGUCGGAGCUGCUCGGCGUGCUGCAGGACUGGCGGCUGGGCAGGGUGUUCAGCUCUGCCACGGAGGACGCCUGCAUCUACCCCUUGGCGCUCCUGGCCUGCGCUAACAUUGACACGGAGGAGUUUGCUGCCCUCUACAAAGCCCGGAGGUACCUGAGGCGUCCCAGCCCGGUGAUGCUUUUGAUGGUGCUCACGGGCCUCAACACGCUGUCGAAAACACCUGAAAUGGCCAGAAAACUCGCGGUGCUGCUCCCUGACAUACUGGAGACCCUGACAGAUGCCAAUGCCAAUGUCAAGACCAAGGCUUUGGUGUUGUUCAUCAACGUCAUGGGUCACAUGGAGAGCGAAGAGGCCAACCCCAUCUUCCUGAGCCUGGCGGAGAAGCUCCUGCCCCUCUUCGAUGAUGAGUGCAGCCGCGUGCGGGAGCUCUCCAUCCGCCUCUUCCAAGACAUGAUGAAGACCGUGGUGGGGAGAAGCAAGAAAAAACUGUUGAAGACCGUGCAGAGUGUGCUGCUCCCACUGUUACUGCACACCAACGAGGAGAUCGAGAGCGUGGCCAAGGCUUCCCGGGACACCCUCCAUGCUUCUGCCAAGUUCCUGGGCUGGAGGAGGCUCAGCUCCGUGGCCAAGACAGGGCAGACAACCCUGAUCGGAGAGUGCUUGAUAACGCACAGGAAGAGCAGGGUGGAGGAAUAUCUGCUCCAGAGCCUGCCCUACCUGAAGGACCCUCAGGCCACCGUGCGAGAGGAGGCCAUCAGGUUCAUCGGUCUUGCUGCGCGGCGCCAGAGCAUCCUCAGCCAGGAGAGGCUGUGGCACAUCUGCGAUGCGCUCCUGCCCUUGGGGAAAGACACUGAACCCUCCGUCAGGUCCCUGGCAGCCAAGACCAUCUCGGUCCUGACAAUAGAGCAGAGUCCAACAUCAAGAUGGAGCCUGCGGUCGCUGUGCUGCUGGCUCUGA